AUGGCUACUAAUUGUGACAACGUUAUCGACUUGAGUCCUGCGAAAACUACAUGGAAAAUCAAGGUCAAGAUUAUUCGUCUAUGGAGACAAUACUCUGCAGGCGAUAUUGACAGUAUUGAGAUGGUGUUAAUUGAUUCAAAUGGGGAUACGAUUCAAGCAACUCUGAAUGAGGUUCUGGUUCCGAUCUUUGAACCUUUUCUCGAACAAGAUGAUUCGAAGAUACUCAUCAAUUUUUCGCUUUCUCCAGCAUGUGGCUCCUAUCGAUUAACCAAGCAUCCUUACAAAAUUUCGUUCAUAGCCACCACUCGGAUUCGACUUUGUGACGAUUUGCCGUACAGAUUGACUGGUUUCACCCCUGUUAAUUUUCGGGAAAUCUUAGACGGAACUCUCAGUCCUGAAUACUUGAUCGAUAUUAUGGGUCAGAUUGUAGAGGUAUCUCAUGUUGAAAUCGUAUCUCUCAAUGGGAAGGACACGGAAAAGAUUUCAUUACUCUUAAAAAAUGAAGCAGAUGUUAGGCUGCCAUUGGUUGUAUGGGGAAAGGUUGCACUGGAUCUAAGCGAAGCAAUUCAACUUCUAUCUGAUAGAACUCUCAUUUGUGGUAGUUCUAAGAUAUUUAUCAACUUCUCAGUGGGACACUCAUAUGGUUCGUACCGAACUACUAAACACCCAUACAAGAUUUCAUUCCUUGAAACCACACGUGUAAGAAGUUGCGAGUCUCCUAUUGAGGUUUCCGGGUUUGAUCCUGCUAUCUACCGUGAUAUACUUGAUGGGUCACUCAAUUCAGACUACUUGGUUGAUGUCAUUGGGCAAAUUGUUAAAGUCUCUCCAAUUGAAGUUGUCACCGUCAAUGGGAAAGACACAAACAAGAUUUCCUUGGAACUAAGAAAUUCUAAUGACGAACGUCUACAGACAGUUUUGUGGGGUGUUUUUCCAACGGAUGUUAUGGAAGCUAUCCAAAUGCGUAGGAACUAUGCUAUAAUCUGUGUCAUAAGAUUUGGGAAGAUAAAUGUUUGGAAAGAUGAGCGCAGCAUAUCCAAUGCAUACAAUGUCUCGGAUGUCUCACUUAAUCCACCUAUGGUGGAAGUUGAUGAUUUUAUUGCAGUGUUACCGAAGGACCAAUUGGUUUUAGCAAUUGUCGAUCCUAAACCAUUGUCUGCUGUCUGUGGUGUUUCGCAAAAGGAUGAUUUUUUUGUCCACACACCAAGGAAAACCAUAUCUCAGUUGUCUGACGCUAGAAAUGUUGAGAAGUGUAUUGUGAUGUGCACCAUUGCAUCCAUUGAUUCUGAUAUGGGAUGGUAUUAUUUAAGUUGCAAAGUGUGUGCAAAGAAGGUUUUGAAUGUGCCUAAUGACUUUGAUGAAGAUGGGAAUGACGACGAUCCCAUAAUGUUCACAUACUAUUGUCCUAACUGCAAAGUUUCGAAUCCCAACCUUCUACCUAGGUACAAGCUGCAUUUGAUUGUUUUAGACAGUACUGGAAGUUCAAAAUUCGUCUUAUUCGACAAUCUUGCUAUUCAGCUACUUCAUCAGCCUUGCACUGAACUGGUAGGAGCCAAUGCUGAUGAGAUUCAGGAUCCGGCUGCUAUACCUCUUGCCCUAAACAAUUUGAUUGGAAAGACUUAUUUGUUCAAGGUUGGUAUUGAAAGAGAAAACUAUCUCUAUAAGAAUGACACUUACAUAAUCAGUAAGGUUAUCACCAACCAUGAUAUAAUCACUGAGUUCCAAACAAUCGUCCAUCCAAAGAAACCAAGUGUAACCUAUAGUUGCGACAACUCCAUCCUCAUGGUGUCUGAUGAGUCAUCGCAAGAAUGUGAAGGGACUGAUCUCACUCCCGCAAAACGCAGAGGAACGCUCAUUGAUAACUUGGAGGCAGCAGUUGAUCAUAAUUCUUUAACAAGGUCUCCAUGUAAUACUGGAAUCAAGAAGGAAAAGACCGAGGAAAGUGGCUAA